AUGUCUACUGAGCAAUAGCAAACAAAAUUACAUAGACUGCAAAACUACUAUCAUUAAUUUGAAAAGGGUGAAAUCACUGGAACUCAAUUGAAAUCUCAAUUACAAACUAAUUUAAAAAUCAGAUGGAAUCCAAAUUUAGAGAACAUGAUCCAUCAAGUUGAUCCAUCAUAUACUGAUUUUGUUAGAUCAGUCAAUAAAACCAACAAGUAUGUGCCAAAAUAGACAACUACUCAAUUGACCGAAUAAAUCAAUUACCCAAAGAAAAUAAGAACUGAACAUAUAGGCCAUGCGGAUUUACUUAAGUGGGAUUGA